ACAUUUGAAGCCAAGAUCCACCAUCUUGAGACCAGACCGAGCCGAAAACCGAAGGACGGUCUGGAGGAUCUGGAGUAUUACGUUCAGUGUAAGGUGCACCUGUCAGACGUGAGCACACUGGUCAGCUCUCUCAAGAGAAGCGCAGAGGACGUCAAAACCACUAAAGAGGUCAAAUUUCAUUGGUUUCCAAGAAAAAUCGCUGAACUGGAUAAAUGUCAUCAUCUCAUCAACAAAUUUGAUCCGGAUCUGGAUCAGGAUCAUCCAGGAUUCACUGACCCCAUUUACAGAAAACGGCGGAAGAUGAUUGGAGAUAUUGCCUUCAAAUACAAACACGGAGAACCGAUUCCCAGAGUGGAGUAUACGGAAGAGGAGAUCGAAACAUGGCGUGAGGUCUACUCCACCCUCAGGGAUCUGUACACCACCCACGCCUGCAGUGAACAUCUAGAGGCUUUCCGCUUACUGGAGAAACACUGCGGCUACAGUCCUGAUAACAUCCCUCAGCUGGAGGAUGUGUCCCGCUUCUUAAAAGGUACCAAUCCGAUUAUAACGCAGCCAGAGAACAGAACAACCCGUAAGCCAUUCAGCAUUCUGUUUAUUAAAACAAAUCACAUUUGAUACUAGAAAUAUUCUUAAGCACUGCCAGUAAGAGAAAAGAAACAGAAAACA